CUCUACUCUACUUGGUAAUUGGUAUCACAUCUGUGAUAUACGUCUGUUAAUUGUUUUUGUCUACUUACAAUUUUGAAUAUUCUAAAUUAAUAUUUUAUGAUAAUAUUUAUCGCACAACUUGUAAGUUGUAACGCAAGAUGAAUUCUCUAAUAAGAAGAGGCAUUUACCCGCUUUAUUGUAAUACUUUCAAGUUAUCGACGCGCUUUUUCGCUGAUGCAGCGGUAAAGGAGAAGAUAGAUCAAAUAGUUAAAAAUAAUAAAGUGGUUGUAUUCAUGAAAGGAAUUCCUGACGCUCCGCGAUGUGGCUUCAGUAAUGCAGUUGUACAAAUCAUGAGAAUGCACGCUGUUCCAUAUGAAAGUCUUGAUGUUUUAUCAGAUGAAAAUAUUAGACAAGGUAUAAAAGAUUACUCAAAUUGGCCAACAAUUCCACAAGUAUUCAUUAAUGGAGAAUUUGUUGGUGGAUGUGAUAUAAUGCUUCAAAUGCAUCAGUCAGGAGAGCUUGUAGAAGAAUUAAAGAAAGUUGGAAUUAAAAGCGCACUCCUCACAGCCGAAGAGUCAAAGAAAGAAGGAGCUUAAGAGUGACUAUGAUCUGUGGGUUCUUAAAAAUUAAUUAUCCAGAAUAGACAUUUAAUUUGAUGUGUAUAACAAAGUUCUUCAUUCUUUAUGAGAAGCAUCUAGACUUUAGAAAUGCCUGUAAAACGUGAAGGUUUAAUCUAUGAACAACAGGUAUAUAGUAUAUAACAAUAAAAUAUUAAACUCUGGAAGAAAUGAGAACACAUCAGUAAUUCACAUUUUAUUGUAUAAAUUUAUUAGGUAUACAGUUGAAACUAUGUUUUUCUAUUACUUCCUUGUAGGUUCCUUUCAUAAUUAGGUUGAGCUAAUAAUAAUUAUUGCUUGAAAAUAUAGUAAGUACAAUUUAAAUAUCAACUAAAUGUUUUACAUGGCAAUUUGCCUGUCCUUGUUAAACCUGUCUAAAUUAUAAUAUAUUGAAAUUUAUAGAUUACAAUACUGGUAUUCACAUAUAUAUAUUAUUAAUAAUUUGUUAUUGUCUAUUCUAAGUGUUUAAAGUUUACUUGACUUUGUUGGGAUAAGAAGUUUGGUUCGUAAAUAAAGUAAUGUUUGUUUUAA